AUGAAGACUUUGGUAGUUGCGGCUUUGGUGUUGGUCUGUGCGGGAGCAACCACAUUGAAUGUUCAGAACAAUUGCGAUGACACAAUUCACGUGGUUCGGACCGAAGGUGAAGAACAGCUCGAUUAUCACGAGCUAAGCGCUGGAGACAGUUAUUCCGAGGAUUACGAUGGCGGUAGAGCGAUGAACUUUAAAAGUGGACUGGAAGGUAAGUGUGGCGGUGUACAAGGAAUGUGACUCAUUGUCGAAAUCUGGAUCCUAAUUCAAAAUAAGCUAUGUCAAAAACAAGCGCAGUUUUUUUUAUGCGAGAAGCAGGGGUGGCCACCGGGCCGGGCCUGGGAUUUUGCCGGGCCGGGCCCCGGGCCUGAAAUUUGGAAAAAGAGGCCCGUUUGCCACCCCUGCCGAGAAGUAUAAAAAACGCAGAAAAAUGCCUCCCUCUCCAACAAAAAAAAACCUCGGUUUCCGCUUUUUUUGUGAGGGAAAGGGCACAUCCUUUCAAAACGGAGUCCUUUAGUUGGAGAGGGAUGCAUUUUGCCACAUUUUUUGAUACUUCCUGGGUACAAAAUGUUACAUUUUUUGCCGCUGGAUCAGGUCCGCCGCCGUAAUUAGUUUUGCAAAAACACUAGUCUCUUGACUUUCAGAUACCUAGGUCCAGCAUUAGAGAGAAAUUUCAGCAAUAGCCUUUGAGCAUUUACUUUCAGUAAACAUUAUAUAUCACUUCAAUUAAAUCACAUUUUUUCUAACAAUAAGACUCGAGUGCCCCUUUAGACUGGCUACGUGAAAACUUAGAUUGCCCCAAGCUCUACAAAAGUUUGAAAACGCUGCUUGAUAUUUUCGUGUAGCUACAGCUCUCGGGUCUUAGAAGAAACGUAUUUUCAAGUUUCAGGCAAAGUUAUGCAUCCCUCGUUUGCUAAGGGCUUCCAUUUUCAGGCAAAACCCUGGCCGAGUUUACGUUUGAUGCUCCAGAAGGCAUUGACUACUACGGCUUGAGCGUGACUGUCGGCUUUGACGUUGGAAUCAGGCUCCAGGCUCCAAAUGAAACUUUGACCUGCUUCGAUCCGUAAGUAACACAUUAUACAUACAUAUAAUGGAUCAAAACCUUUGUUUAGCGACUGCCCCGAUGCUCAGCCACCUUAUGAGGAUAUCCCACACGCUGUCGAAACUGGUGGUGAAUUCACAUUGAGCUUCUGCAGUUGA